GCAGCAGAAUUGGGUCUUAAAGUGUUUAAAUGAGUGUGGAAGCAGAAAAGAACAGCUUUCUGUGAGGGUGGGGAGGCCCUGGCACAGGCUGCCCAGAGAAACUGUGGCUUCCCUGUCCCUGGAAGUGUCCAAGGUCAGGUUGGACAGGGCUUGGGGCAGCCUGGGAUAGUGGAAGGUGUCCCUGCCCAUGGCAGGGGAGUGGAAUGGGAUGGGCUUCAAAGUCCCUUCCAACCCAGCCUAGUCUGUGAUUCCAUGAGGAGUGGAAUGUUGCUGCUUCCUGGGUGCUUCCCUGCUGCCUUGGGACCUGGCAGGAAGGAGGUGUUGUCACCUGGAAAAGUUAACCACACCUGUCUGGGUUUUUUGAGGUGACAGUGGCUGCUUUAUGGUCAAGUUUCACUUGCAGAGCCCUUUUUUGUUGCUGUCACUUGUGUGUGGUUCACAGGUGUCUGGAGUUACCCUCUGUUUGUGGGCAUACAGCAAUACAGGGGCUCUGAAUGUGUCCUGGAAUAACUGCUGGGAAACAUCUUCACAGCCAGCCAGGGGGGAUGCUGUUGGGUUGUAACUCAUGAGUGAGCUCUGCAGCUCAAGAGUAAACCACCACUUUGCACUAAAGGAUCUGUGGACAAUGCUCCAAAGGAUCAAAAAUUGGAUUGAUUUGGCUUAAACUCCUGUGCUUACACCAGCUGAAGCUGCCAGUGGAGCUGGGAGAGCUGCUGGGAUCCCCAUCGUGUCCCCACCUCCAGCUGUUCUUGUUCCCUCCCUUGUGCUGACCCAACCAAGGAACUCACCUGGCCAAACCCUACCUGAACAGGGGCUCCUUAGAGACCCCUUAUCAUGCUCCAGCUCCUCCUGGGCUUGGAGAGGUGGCAUUUCUGGCACAGACUUGGGGAACUCUGUGGCAAGGGGUGGUGGCAGCUCAGGCUAUCCUAGAGCAGCUUGAGCCCCCUCACGUUGUCAGACUGGGUCAUCAUAGGGAAUCAUUAAAGAGCUUUUAAAUCCAAAUGAUAAAACUUUGCAGCAGGCACCCAUCUACACGUGCUGUAAUGUGGCCUCUUGGUGGGAAACACUGAAUGCUCAGAGGCUGCAGGAAAAUAACUCAUUAACACAUUUUUAUUGGCCAUGAAACAGCUUCUCAAUGGAAGAACCAACUUUUUGCAGAUAGUAUAAAUAUGGGGAAUAACCUCUGGCAGUGACCACGAGCCACAGCUUGGAACAGACAGCUGGUGUGCAAGGUGAGGGUCCUUCAGGAGAGAUGUGCUGGAACAAACUUCUCAGGCAGAAGAGGACCUGUGGCUGCUGCUUCCCGAGUUGUUCCCUCCCAUUGGGGCUGUUCUGGAUCCUGUGUGAGGCCAUUUCAGUGCACCUUGGCACACCUUGAAGCCAAGAGAGCAGGGAGCUGAGCAGGUCAUCCUGGCAGGGCUGGAGCUGGGAUGGGCAUGGGAUCCAGCUGGAUCAGCUCCUGCUGCCAAGGCACUGCAGGCUGACACCAGCAGGGGCAGGAGGGAAAACUCUCCACAGCUCCCACGUGGAGAGGGACCCAACCUGUGCCUUAGGAAAUAGGAAGAGUUUCAGCUUGGGCUGUGUUUCAGAAGUCUGGGUCUGGGCUGGGAGCUCCAGUUUGUCUUUUUGGGGGAUUUUGUCCAGUAGGUUGAGGAUGAGCCCAGUUCAGGUGUGGUGAGAUGUGUGUGGUUGCCUCUCUUUGGGGUUCUGCUGUGGCCACAUAACACAGCAGCACUGUCAUUCUGGCACCUUUGGCUCCAGAUCAAAGUAGUUCCACUGCAGCUGAAGCUUUUUCUCCCUGUGGAUCCUUUCCCAGUUUCUUCAAGAAGCUGCUGCAGGUGACAAUUAGUUUUUCAUUUUUUUUCAGGAACCACAAAAGUUUCAGGAGAGGGGGAGGAGGAAUCAAUUCUGCCUUCUGCAGAAGUUUGAUGUUAGUCAAGAAGCACUGCUUUUAAGGCAUAGUUAUUCCAAUACAUUAGGCUUGGAGUUAAUGUCAGUGUAUUUUUUUUUUAACAUAAAAACAUGUCUGUUUUGGCUGAUAACAUUUUGCAGCUAUCUCCUCUGACCAGUUACGUGCUUGGUGAUAACUCCAAAUGUAUUUCCUUCGUUCUGUAUAAUGUGGUAGGAUGUGGGCCCACUUUUACACUUGUUCUUUAAAGAAAUAAUUUAAGGUAAAGAUCCAUAACAUGGUGGCAGUGCUGGAAGUGAUCUCCAGCCUGGAGAAAUAUCCCAUUACCAAAGAGGCACUUGAGGAAACCAGGCUCGGGAGGCUUAUCAAUGAGGUGAGGAAGAAGACAUCCAAUGAGGAACUUGCCAAACGUGCCAAGAAAUUGUUGCGGAAUUGGCAGAAGUUGAUAGAACCCGUAGCCCAGAACGAGCCAGUGCCAAGGGGGCUGCCCAACCUGCCAGGAUCAGCAAAUGGAGGUGCCCACAACUGCAAACCAGACUCACAACUUCCUGCUGUGCCUGGCACCAAGCCCAUCAGCGAACUGAAAAGCAGGAAUGAUAUCCAGAAACUAAACUCUCCAAAAACAGAGAAACUGGGAAAUAGGAAAAGGAAAGGUGAUCACAGGGAUGGGCAUCAGGGCCCUCCUCCCCCAAAGGUCUCCAAAGCUAGUCAUGAAGUAUUACAAAACUCUUCACCCCCUCCAACCAAUGGAAUUGGAGGUAGUCCUGAAAAUUUUCCUAGUCCUGUAGACGUAAACCUACACGCAGGGCCCGAAAGCAGCAGGACAGAUCUCAGUGAAAACGAUAAACACAGUAAGAUCCCAGUAAAUGCUGUAAAACCUCACACCAGUUCUCCAGGACUUGUAAAACCGUCAAGCACUUCCUCAUUACUAAAGACUGCAGUGCUUCAGCAGCAUGAUAAAUCAGAAGAAGCCACGGGCCCCCACCAGCCCAAGAGCCCACGCUGCUCCUCCUUUAGCCCCAGGAACGUUAGGCAUGAUACUUUUGCUCGGCAGCACACCACGUACUCACCAAAGGAUUCGAUGCCCAGUCCAUCUCAAAGGUCUCAGUUUGCAGACGCCGCGCAGGUGCCAUCGCCACCACCAUCCCUGAUGCAACCAUCCACACCUCCCCUGCCAGCCAAGAGACUGGAGUUCCCUCCUCAGGCGGCCCCCGAGGCGGCGCAGCACUGGCAGGAGCAGCAGGGAGCCCCCGAGGGCCAGCACAGGCACACAGCAGGGACACUUCAGCAGCACACGGCUCCCGGCUGCAAAGCCCACCCCGGGGAAUCACACAUGGGCUUCCCACAGGACACUUCCAGAAUGGACGGUGAUGAUGCUGCUUCAGGGUCCGAUAGCAAAAAGAAGAAAAGGUACCGACCCAGAGACUAUACAGUCAACUUGGAUGGGCACGUGACAGAAGGGGGUGUGAAACCUGUGAGGUUAAAAGAGAGAAAACUCACUUUUGAUCCCAUGACAGGACAGAUAAAACCUUUAACACCGAAAGAUCCUUUGCAGGUAGAAAUCCCUGCGCUUACUGAACAGCACAGGACAGAAACAGAAAAGCAGGAGCAAAAACCCAACCUGCAAAGCCCCUUUGAACAAACGAACUGGAAAGAGUUGUCCAGAAAUGAAAUCAUUCAGUCAUAUUUAAACAGACAGAGUAGCUUGCUGUCUUCAUCAGGAGUACAGACUCCAGGAGCUCACUACUUCAUGUCUGAGUAUUUAAAGCAGGAGGAAAGCACUAGAAAAGAGGCUAGAAAGACUCACGUUCUAGCUCCUAACAGCAAACCUACAGACUUGCCUGGGGUCACCAGAGGGGUCACGGGCGAUGACCUCGACAGAAUACGUGACCACAAGUGGCCAGGCGUGAACGGUUGCUAUGACACACAGGGUAACUGGUAUGAUUGGACACAGUGCAUAUCCUUAGAUCCACACGGGGAUGAUGGGAGAUUGAACAUCCUGCCUUACGUCUGCCUAGACUGAGAGCAGUUCUGCUAACCACGCUUCUUACACCUGCGGUUUAGCAGAACUGGCAGACACGAUGCCACUUCCAGCUGGAGAGAGCCUCCUGUCCUGGACAAACAGGCCCCACGAGCAGAGGGGGGGAGGGAGCUGGGCCUUUCCAGCUCGUUCCUUUAAAUUCUCCUUUUGUGAAAUGCUGCUACCAGUUUACUAACAAUUGCAAAGGAAGGCAUACGAAGGUUGAUCAGUUGAGUUCAAAACUCUAUAGCGAGCCAGCUAUAAAAAGUGUUAGUCCCCAAGAAGUGAAGAGGAUUUCCAGCACUUUCUGAAUGCCGGAAUCUUAUUACAGGCAGGUACAGAGAAAAAUUGUGGAAGUUACCUUAACAAAAUAUGCAUCUAUUUAUUUGACUUGAUUUGGGUUUUUAUUUGGCAGUGAGAUAUUCGAGAGAGACAAUGUGCAAAAACUGUAGUUUUAUUUCUAUCACAUCUCUGAACAUGAUUGUGUUAUUUAAGAGUCAUGUGGUAUGGAGAUUGGGUUUUAAACAGCAGGUGUUGCACUGCAGGCUGGGCCACCAGCUUCAGCUCAACAUUCCAUAGGCAUCCACAUAUUUUAGUCUGGUUUCAGUUUAAAUCCAGUCUCUGAGAAAUGCUGCAAAAACUAGAUGUUUAAUGAUAUUUUUUGAUCCCACCACCACCAGCCAAAUAUUUUUCCUCCUUUUCCCUUCCUGCAAACUUAUAGGUAAAAAACAAAAAGAUAAAAAAAAAAAAGACAAGAAAAAAAAAAAAAGAAGAAAAAUCACCUUUUCUAGAAUCUAAAUGUAAUGAGGGUGCUACAAGUUUGUAACUGUACUGUGAGAGGGAAAAAG